AUGACGACGGCGACGGGGGCAGCUGGUGGGAUGAAGGCAGCCAUGGACGCGUCGAAGGCGUUCGCUGCGCACCCAGAACGUGCCAGGCCAAAGCCAUAUCGUCGCGCCCUCUUCUUGGCCUUGCUCCUCUUCGCCAUCCUCCAUUUGGCCGUACAGCUGCCUCACCUGUCCCAAGACUGGCAUGAGAGCAAUGUUCCCUUGCGUGCCGCGGAAACGCUCGCCCGCUGCCGCGCUCUCAACAGUAAACCUGGCCCACCUCCGACGUUCAGCUCUCGCGUUCAGUCAGACAGGUUUCAAGAAGGAACCAAACCUAUUCUUAUACGUAAUGCGACCAUAUGGACUGGUCGACUGAAUGGCUCGGACGUCGUGCUUGGAGAUGUCUAUCUCGACAAUGGCAUUGUAAAGUCAGCGGGACAACUUGAUUUGGCGUUUCUCGAGAACGUCUACUCUCAAGACAUCGAGGUCCUGGAUGCUCAGGGUGCUUGGGUUACUCCUGGCAUCGUAGACGUUCACUCUCAUAUUGCGGUAGAGUCCUCUCCGGGACUAAACGGUGCAUCAGAUGGCAAUUCUGUCAAAGGACUCGCACUACCUUGGCUUCGUUCUGUAGAUGGCAUGAACACGCACGACGCCAGCUAUGAGCAUUCGAUUGCUGGAGGUAUAACCACCUCUUUGAUUUUGCCUGGGUCCGCAGACGCUAUAGGAGGGCAAGCGUUUGUGAUCAAACUACGCCCCACGAAAGAGAGGUCAACCUCCUCGCUUCUAUUGGAGCCACCCUUCGACCUGAAUAAUACAUCGGUUGACUAUUCCGUUCCUCCCAGGUGGAGGCACAUGAAACACGCUUGCGGAGAAAACCCGUCUCGAGUGUAUUCAGGUACGCGGAUGGAUACGGUUUGGGGCUACCGCGAAGUAUACGAUACUGCUCGCAAGAUUAAGGGAAGGCAAGAUAAUUACUGCAGCAAAGCCAUCGCAGGCGAAUGGGACAAACUCGGGGAGUUCCCCGAGGACCUCCAGUGGGAGGCUGCUGUGGAUGUUCUACGUGGAAAGGUCAAGGUGCAAACCCACUGUUACGAGGCUGUGGACUUUGAUGCCUUCGUCCGGGUCUCCAAUGAAUUCCAAUUUCCUGUGGCAGCUUUUCAUCACGCACAUGAGGCGUAUCUUGUUCCUGACGUUCUGAAGAGAGCUUAUGAGCAUCCACCAGCUUUGGCAAUGUUUGCCUCCUUUUCUAGAUACAAACGUGAAGCAUACCGUCAUUCCGAAUAUGCACCGCGCAUCUUGAACGAUAACGGACUUAAAGUAGUCAUGAAGAGUGACCACCCAGCCAUACAAUCCCGUUAUCUUGUACACGAAGCACAACAGGCCCACUACUAUGGUUUGCCGGCGAACGUUGCUUUGGCAUCGGUAACGAGCACGGCCGCAGAGGUUCUUGGUCUCGACCAUCGCAUUGGUUUCGUAAAAGAAGGUCAUGACCCAGAUCUUGUCAUUUGGGAUAGUCACCCUCUUGCCCUUGGUGCAACUCCCGUCCAGGUCAUCAUCGAUGGCAUACCCCAAAUCAAGUCUCCCCACUUCUCUGUGAAGCCGGAAUCCCAGGUACCACCUACCCCUCCGAGCUUCGACCAAGAGGCAGAACAGACAUUGGACCACGUCGGUCUGCCCCCGCUUUUCCCAUCUAAAGCCGUGUCUAGUACUGUGGUAUUCAGGAACGUAUCAAGUAUGUGGGUGCGUGGCGUCGGUGGCAUUACACCCGCUUUCCAGACUAGUGCGAAUUCAGGCGCGCUCGGGGACGUGGUCGUGUACAAGGGCAGAGUCGUGUGCUCUGGAACGACGUUCGGCGAUGCGUGCGCAUCUUUUGCUACGCAAGAGGGUGUCACUUUCAUCGACCUUAAGGGCGGAUCAGUGGCGCCCGCUCUUGUAUCCACAGCUACAGCACUGGGACUUGGAGAGAUUGGCAUGGAGGAAUCGACUGGAGACGGAGAGGUGCUCGACCCGUUCGAGAAGGAUGUUCCCCUCAUUGCUGGAGGAGACGGAAGCAUCACGCGUGCGGUUGACGGACUUCAGUUUGGAACUCGCAAUGCUCUGCUUGCGUACCGCGCUGGUGUAACUUCGGCGAUUACAGCGCCGUCGUCUCACGGAUUUUUGGGCGGUCUGAGUGCCCAUCUAUCCUUAGGCUCAAAACACAGACUUGACAACGGAGCUGUCAUUCAAGACAUCGCAGCCGUUCACGUCACUGUAGGCCACACUGAAGGGGCAAGUCCGAGUAUCAGCACACAAAUAGCAGCUCUUCGGAAUCUACUCACCGGGAAGCAUGUCGGCGAGCGCGGAGAAUAUUUUGAGGCUGUAGCGGAGGGCUCGAUACCUCUGGUGGUAAACGCGAAGAGCGCCGAUGUGAUCGCCUCCCUCCUAGCGCUCAAGAAAGAGGUGGAAAACCAGUCCCAGACUGGUGCCAAGGUCCAUAUGACCAUCGUCGGCGGCGCCGAGGCACACCUGCUAGCGCGCGAACUUGCCGAGGCGGAUGUUGGAGUCAUUGUCACGCCGCCAAGGUCAUUCCCCUACACCUGGGAAAGCAGACGUGUGUUGCUUGGCCCGCCCGUGACCGCGGACACCACGCUGUCCAUUUUAGCCCAGCACAAUGUGACGGUCGGACUCGGACCGCAGGGCAUAUCUGAGGAAGCGUUAAUCUCUUCGUGGGCGGCACGGAACCUCAGGUGGGACGCUGCAUGGGCCGCCCUUGAUUCUCAUGGAAUGAUUGAUUUCGCCGACGCCCUUACCAUGGCGUCGGUCAAUGUGGAGACCUUGCUUGGUGUUCGUCAAAAUCCCGCGGAUACAGACUUGGUAGCGACCAGCGGUGGGGAUUUGUUGAGCUUCGAGGGCAAAGUCGUCGCAGUCAUUUCGCCGCGGCGCGGGUUGGUGGAUAUAUUGUAGUCCUUACGAUAGCCCAUAAGUAUAGAGAGUGGAUGUCUCCUUAGCAGAAUGGUUGAGUUGAAUGCGAGUAUUAGAUGUUACAUGUAACAUGUGUAAGUACUGAUGCGGAUAACUUAGUGGUGGUAAAUGCCUGAUGCGCUCCAAAGUCCUGCCUAUAACUUCCAGAUAUUUGGUGUCAGAGCUCCGUACGAAGUGGUGAAACAGCAUCGACGAGGUCCGUCCAUGCCUCCGUUAGUAAGCUCCAGCACACAAUAGCGUGAUGCUUGCACAUGGUGAGAAGGGCGUGACCUCGAGUAUAUAAUUGCUGGAGGACGGGAAUGUCGAGUAGGGAUGCCGGCAGCUGAACCUGCUCUUCAGGCACUGGCGACGGAACGGGCGGGGUGAUUGGCGCCGGGGAAGGUUGCAUUCGAGGCGUGCCUUGAACGGCCUUCUGAACUUCGCUGAACAACUUUUCUUGUUCAUUGGUGCCAUUUCCAACGACGUCCCGAGCCUUUACGUCCCGCCACAUCUCUCUGAAGGUGUCAACCGCUUGCAAACUCUCGCUAAAGCGAUGAAGAGUGUUAAACAGAGCCACCACUUCCGAACGCUGCAACAAAUUCGUGUUUUUGCGAGGGUCUAGUGCUUUCUCGUCCAUCUCAAAGAGAACUUUGAGCGCUGUAGCAACACCCAUAGUCUGGACUUUGCCCCACAGCCGACACUUGUCGCAGCCAACGCAAUCCAUGAUGCGAGUCACAUUACGGAAGUGGGCUUUGAACUCUUCCUUCAGGAUAUUGGCGUUUUCUCCCCGGAAAAGCACGCUCUCAUCGAACUUGCCGACGUGUUCUGCGAUACUGAUGAUAUUGUUAAGUUUACUCAACAUAUGGGUCUCUUCUUCCGCGUCUGAGUGUGAGGCAGGUUUCCCGUCCACGGUGGUUCGAACAUCCGAGCAAUAAUCGUAUGCCGAUAAAUAAGGUGCGAUGCGCGCGACAGCACGCAACAUCAAGACAGUGUUGAAGUAAAUGUACUGGAGGCGUUCAGGAUGUGAGGCAAUACGUGAGACAAAACACGAAAGAUUUGGCGCCAUCUCUCCUGUCCUCUGGUCGAGAUAGUCCAAGCAUAUAUGCGUUGAAAUUGAUGCAUGCAAACCAGAAAUGAUCUUGUAGUAAACACGCUUCUCCAAACACUCUCCAUCUUCGUCUGGGGGAGAACCGUCGGAGCGGAAAACAUCGGUGAGGGUAUCGGGUAGCGAGAUUGGGGACGGCGAGGAACUCGACAUCAUGUUCAUCUCUGCUUCGCCCACCGAGCCACCAGACUGGAAGUUCUCCGCAACACCGAAGCAGUUCUCUUCGUAGAUUGAUUUCCACACUCGGUUUGCAGGCGGUCCGGAGUAACCAGUGUAACGCUCGGGAAUCAUCGAGAGAUCCACAUAUUCGCCCUCAGUCAUAUCAUCGAGGAAGCAAUAGUCUGAGUCGCGGUAGUAACACCCGGGAAGUUGUAUGCGUUCGUCAGGAGGUGGAAGUUCGAUCUUUGACAAUGAAGCCGCCCUCCACUUCUCUGGAAUUUCGCUCUCGUCGACAGUAGUGAUCCCGCAUUCUCUGUUCAUACAGAACGAGUUCUCUUGCCAGAAUGGACAUUCUCGGUAUAAGUCCACCUGAAAGUACUUGAAGAACGGGGUCUUUACGAGGUCCUUGAGAUUCGCGAAUAGCUCGGGGUUUAUGCUCUCGAUCGUUUCGUAGUGGCAUAACGUGGUCUCUAUAGGACCAGUGGUUGAGUCCUGACAAAGGGGUUCCUCCGUUGCAGGUAUAUGCUCCAGGACAUCUUGCAGCUGGUUGUUGCGCACGAGAGAUUCAGAAAGGAAUGACGAUGGUGUUGCCAAAGUUGCGGCUGCGAACGCGAUAAGCGCACAAGCAAGCUUGCCCUUCGUUCUGCCUUCUUGCGGCAUACUCUAGCAAGAGCUCUAGGAGGUGGCAAGGGAGUGUUGUGUAGAGACCAAAAC